GCAAAAGUUGCUUCACAUUAAAUUGACAAUUUAUAGGGCGCUAAUCCCGUUUUGGGGCGGCCCUCAAUGCCUGAGGUUAGCACUCCGUGGAUACUGUUAUUCUAACUGCUACCGUAUAUUAUCAUCACACUCCGCCUCAACUGUACAAAGAAAACACAGCUGCUCCUCUUGGCAUAUACUACCUCUGAAACUUUCAACCUUGAUUGCAAGCAUUGCCAAUUGUUUGCGCCGCCUAUGUCCUUUCCUCUACUUCCUCAUUCUUGUGCGAUUUAUUGUUCCUUGCCAAUUCAAUCACGUCAGAUUAAGAUAUUUAGAAAAUAUCAUAAGGAGUUAUGUAUCGGAGCAUGUUUGAUAUACAGCCUAUUGGUCGCUUCUAUGGCUCCAACACCGCUAUCCGACGUCCAAGGGAGAUUACUUGUUUUUCAUAUGAUGACCAGCACACUUUUCAUCUGGGAGACUCAUCCCUACGAUACUACUAUCCACCAAGUCUUCCUGCAGACUUGAACCAUGGUUUCGAUACCUUUCAGAAGCUGGACGAUUCAGCAGAUGAGCAUCUAGAUGCUCUGCUAGAAUCCAUGUUGGCUCUAGAAAAGGAUACGGGGAAGAAAUGCGAGGCCGACAUCGUCACCUGGAGAGGAAUGAUGACCAAAAUCCUGACUGCUCCAUUUGAUAAUUUGAACGGAUUCGAGAUGAACGCAACAAGAUUUCAGGGCACAAUCUUUAUUGAGGAAAACAACCUCUACAAGAACCAGCAAAAGCAGCUACAGAAGAAUCAAAUAAUGCCCCCAGGGCGGCCUUCUCAGGCCCUAAUGGCAUAUUGGGGAUACAAGUUCGAAACAUUAUCUCUUCUUGACAAGCCAUGGGACCCAGCAACACGUGAAGAGAUCGAAUCCCGGGAUGAGCUGGUUGUAAACAACAAUACCCAAUACUGCUCUAUUGUACGCACUGGAAUAGGUCAGACGCGACUAUUAAUUGCUGGGGAGGUUGACGCUAUCUGGGACUGCAAACCUGACCGAAAAGAAGACCCUAUUCACUGGGUGGAACUCAAAACAUCUGCCGAAAUUCAAAAUGACCGGGACAUGGUGAAAUAUGAGCGGAAACUGCUGAAAUUCUGGGCGCAAUCAUUUUUGCUUGGUGUUCCUAAGAUCAUUGUAGGUUUCCGCGAUCAGUAUGGUAUCGUCCGUCGUUUAGAGGAACUUGAAACUGCCAGCAUACCAAACAAAGUCAAAAGAACUGGUAGGGGCACCUGGGACGGAAACAUCUGCAUCAAUUUCACCGGCGCAUUCCUCGAGUGGUUAAAAUCUACUAUCAACGGAGAAGGGACGUGGAGAAUCCGAAAACUUGAGAAAUCAUCCGUCAUCGAAGUUUUCAGGAUUGAAGAGAGUGGGACAGGCGAUAUAAUUUCACCGUCAUUCUCAGCCUGGCGAUCAGCAACAUGAGGUUCGCUAGCAUUAUGUUAUGAUUUUUGGCUCCUUUGUAUUCCAGGAACCUGGUCGAUCACAUGCACAUUUU